AUGUACCGUGGACUUGUGUUACUGUUCUUGGUUUUGGUGCUGGAAACCCGAUGGAGUGAGUCGAGCUGUCAGCAGUCAGAGUCUCAAAGAUCAGUUUCAAGCGAGAGUCCAAGUUUUCGGAUGUCGACUCAUAACUUGCUGAAGAGGUAUAAUGACAUAGAUUAUGACAGUUUCGUCGGAUUAAUGGGGCGCAGAAACGCCGAAACAGAUGAUAUACCACCCCAACGUAAAAGGGAAAUGCACGAUAUCUUUGUUGGACUCAUGGGUCGACGAAGCGCUGAACCUGAAUCCGGACGUCAAUGGAGGAAAGAGUACCCAGAACCAAGCGGAGGAAUCUUCUUCAACAAAUGCAAACUGAGGUUUCGUCGUGGGUUAUAG